CUGUUCACUCGCUGCCGGCCGCUUUGUCCACCCUCCCGCUCCCCAAUGGAUGGCAAGGGCUGGGUGGCCACCAGGCCCCAGAGACAGGCGGCAGGGACCAUGUGAGCCCCUGGCAUGUGGUCUGAUUUUGCCACCGCUUCCUUUCCCGUCUGUUUCUCUGUUCCUUUUUCCUUUUACCAGUGAAACUCGGCCGCAGACUCCAACUUUAAGCCAAGUUGCUGACCAGCUCCCUCUGCUCCCCAUGAGGGGCUGGCGCCAUGAGGAAGAGAUGGAGGGGAGCGUGGCUCCUGCUGCUGGCACUGGAGACCUUUGGGUUUCAGGAAGGUGACCCAGAGGAACCCACGGGGCUGAUGUGUUACCAGAUGGGCCCCAGCAGGGGCAUGAAUUGCACGUGGCCCAGCAGGACCGGCCCUGAGGCUAACACCACUUACACCCUCCACUACCAGAGCCUGAAGUUCAAACGCAACCAGACGCGGAGUUCCCAGGCCCCCGUCGGACAGAGCUGGGUGGUGAUUGGAAGAAGCAGCCUGACGCACAAUGAGAACUAUGCCGUGUGGGUGGAGGCUGGUGACGGGACCCAGAUCACACCAAGGCUAACUCUGACCCCGCACGAGAUAGUGAAGCCGGAUCCCCCUGUACUGAGCCUAGUGGACGUGACCCCUGUGGUCACCGUGACCUGGACAAACCCCCAAUGGCCCCAGCAUUUCUCCCUGGAUCUGGCCUGCCACCUUCGCUACCGGGUGUCUGGGACCCCCAACUGGACCAGGGUUCAUGAGGAGGAUGUUGAGCCCAACAUCUACGAGUUCUCCAGCCUGGAGCCUUUCACGGCCUAUGAGGUGCAGGCUCGCUGCAUCCCUGGGGACCGGAAGGGCUUCUGGAGCGACUGGAGCCCGUCCCAGACCUUCCAGACCCCCGAGGCUGCCCCGCUGGGCCUGGUGGACGUGUGGCGAGUGGCCAGCCCCCCUGAGUUCGGAGAGCCCAGCCUGCUGCUGCUGUGGAAGCCGCUCAAUUCUGAAGCAGCCAGGGGAGUCAUUCGGAGCUACAGCCUGGCCUUCCGGAACGGCGGCAACAGCUCCGUGAGCCUGGAGGCCGGCUGCUGCAACGUGAGCCUCCCCUCCAGAACCACCCACGUCUGGAUCUCGGCAAACAACCACGUCGGGCGGACGCAGCCUGCCAACCUCAGCUUGGAGCGGCAGGAUCUGCUUGCCCCGGCGGGGGUCCGGGCUGCGGCCGUGCACGGGCAGGAUCUCCUCGUUACCUGGGAGCCCAGCAAGGACCCUCUGGAAGGGGAGCCCAUGGAGUAUCUGGUGGAGUGGGCCGAGGAGUGCAGCAGCUCAAAGGCGGCAUCCCUGGACUGGGUGCGCAGGCCGGCUGGCACCCACAGUGCCCUGCUGACAGGUGACUUCAGACCUCGGGUGCCGUAUCAGGUCCGCGUGUACGGGCUGUACCCCGGGGGCUUUGGUGCAUCGGCCCCUGUCCGAGCCUACACCCAGGAAGGAGUGCCAUCGGCAGGGCCCCAGGGCCUGCAGGAUCAUAGCAUCUCCAAGGAGGCGUCCAUCAUCUCCUGGGAGGCGAUCCCCCUGGCGCAGCGCAACGGGCACAUCACUCACUACACCCUCUACCUCGCCACGCCCACGGAGAGCCCACAGACCUACCAGCCCAACGUUGCAUGUUUAUCAAGUGUGCAAAUCAAGGCGUGCCAUGAUUUGCAUAACACCUCGCAGGGGCUGGCCCCAUGCAGCCAGGCAGUCUCCGUACCCCAUUGCUGCCCCCCCCACCCCAGCUUUCACCCUGGUGUUAAACAAACCUUCCCCUCUCUCGCCCGCAGGCUGCUGGACCUGUGCCAGAAGGUGCUGCCCAGCUGGUGCUGGGAGAAGGUCCCGGAUGCCACCCACAGCAGGAUUACGCUGCACGAGGUGGACAGGGAUCCCCACAGCUACAGGGGUCCUUUGGCGCAGGACGCGGCCGAGGAGGAGCCCCCCAUCACCGAGCUCGACAUUGCGGAGCCAGCAGAGCACGUGAACCACGGCUACUCAACUCUGCCACAGCUGGAGUCUCCUGUGCCUGCCCGGCCCCACGGCGCGGGGGCUGACGACGGGCCCGGGAGCAAGCCCAGGACAGAGGAGCUGGGGCCAAGCAGCCCCACCCUGGAGGAGGCGUGGGGAGAGCAAGCCCCGGUCAUUUCUGGCUAUGAGAAACAUUUCAUGCCCACCCUGGAGGAGGUGCUGGGACUGGCCUGAGGGACGCGGCUGGGCGAGAACCACCAGCCCCACCCAGCACUGCCCCAGGCGCUGCGGGAGAUCCAGCCCGGCCUGCCUUGCUCGAGGGUCAAAGACUGGGACAUGGGGUCUUUCCCCUGUACGGGGCGCCGGCUCCAAGCUCAGGUUGGGGCAGGGAAUGGGACACGGAGACCUUCCCCAUAAGUGGUGCUGGCUCUGCUCUGGCCUUAAUUCUGCGGUGACCGAAUUGUCUCUGUCUGGUGGACUGAGUUUGCUGGUAUAACGGGUCCCUCCUAGACAACCUCCCCGACAGGCUGCCUUAGCAGACAAGCCCAAGACUGACUGGCCAUGGAGACCGAGCGCCUCUCCGGACUCCCAGCCCCCUCUGCUCUAACCACUACACACACUACUCCUCUCCUGGAGCUGGGGAGAGAACCCAGGAGUCCUGACUCCCAGCCCCCCGCUCCAACCACUAGACACCACCCUCCUCCCAGGGUCUGUGACAGACCCCAGACCCCGCCCAUCUAAGCAUCACCCUGGUAUCAGAGCCCCCUUAGUUUCCCUCGUCCCUAGGCCAGCUUUCUCCCCACACUCAAGUCCUGUAGCUCGGAGCGCCACAGCAUGCACUUGUACUGUAUUUU